AUGAAGAUUUGCAGUUUGGCUUUAGCCACCAUUUUAGAAUUCCCAAACUCGGAUUCUGUAUCUCAAGUAGUCUGACUCACAGUUUGUCAGCCUGUUAUGAAAUUACAAAACUACAGUACCAAAAUAAAAUGACAUCUUCGUAAUUUUUCGAUUUUAUUAUUUGCAGAUGCAAAUCGUUUCGAAAAACCUUCGACAGUAUCAGUUCAACGUGCCGAAAGUGCUCGAGUUCCUCAAUUGCUCGUCAGUCAACCGAGUUGCGAUUUGAGACGAACACAAAGUGAAAGUCGACUUGAUGCAAAAGUUAUCGAUGCGGUUUUGGCAAGCACUUCAGAUUUUGCAAUCGAAGAACCAAUUUCUCAAAUGUUCAUUGGAAGUUUGAAUCGAAGUAGAGAUCCAUUAGAUUCAUCACAUUUAAAUGUUAUCAAGAAGGAGGAUAAAGAUCGGACUUUGACACAAGCGGAUGCCGCGAAAGGGUUGUCUAUGUUUACGGAAGUGAGUUUCAACAAUAAAUUAUCUUUUUGAAACUUUUCGCAAAAAUUCAAUGUUUUUCAGAACACCGGUUCUGUCGUUUCACUCUCCUCAAUGGCCUCAACUCGCACCGACACCGAAGGCGAUAUAGGCCCAGAAGAUGAUGAAACUUCGAGUUUAAGUCGAAAAAGGCAGAAUAGCACAAGAAGGAAUAAGAUUCAAGCAACAUUGGCAGCUGGCAAAAAACGAGUUUUGGAUUUGAUGCCACAGAAAAGAAAAGAAAAUGAUUUGGGUGGAGAAAGUAUUGAAUAUGCAACUGAUGCUGGAACUCUUCUUCUUGGCGAAGGAGAACGCGAUAAAUCACCAGCAACUGAAAAAGUUAAAAAAGAAAAGAAAAUGAAGAAGAAGGAUUCGCCAAAGGUUGGAGUAUUGACACCGAAUUCUAGCACUAGUUCAAAUCCCAAUUCGAAUUCAAAAUCUCGUUCAAGAUCUACGAAAUGUGUGCAAUUCCAAAAAAGAUGUUCUAUGGGGACAGAGUUUGCAUUUCGAUAUUGAUGUUUUGAAAUAUUUGAAUGUGACAGUUCAGGCAAGAGAAUGUGUAACAUCUGAAGAUUCUCCAGCAUCAGGAUCCUCUUCAGGAUCUGCUUCAACUCCAGGAGAUCUAAUUACUCUUGGAACUUGUUCAUUAUAUAUACCGCAAUUAAUCGAUGAUUGUAAACUGACAUUGUCCAAUUGCCAUAGAGAAGUUUUCGUGCUGAAGCAGCCGAAUUUCAUCGAAGCUCCGACUUCACAAUCACAACAGCAACCUGACGAAUUUUCACGACAUGCUGGAUUUGAUCCGCGACUUUGUUUUGGUGAUAUCACUUUGGGUUUUCGAUAUUUCCCGAAUGGUCUUCCAACUGGAAAAGCUUUGAAUUCGGGAGAGGAAAGUGAUGAGGAAAUGGUGAAGGUUACUCCUGAAACACCAACUGGUCGACCCUUUUCUCCACCAGCCUUGUCACCGUCGACACAUGAUUGGAAAUUGUGGUAUGGCGGAAGAACUAGUGAGUUUCUUUUUUGAUAGGGAAGGAAGGGAGUUAGAACAAAUCCGGAGCGGUUUUGGGAUUUUUUUCUGAGAGCUGUGAAUUAUCCACAAAAAAAAUCUUUUUUUCUAACAGUUGUUCUGAAUUUUCAAAUAUUCUGAAAAUUAUUUCCAAACCAAACUAAAAAAGCUAGAAAUACUGUAGUUGUUCUAUUGAACUACAAAACUACAGUAGUUUUGAAGUUGUAUUUACGUAAAAAUUUAAAAAUAAUUUUUACAAUGGUAAACUUCUGGAAAAAAUCUUCCAAUUUCUAACUUUAUUUUCAAGUCAGCUCACCAAACCCAUUAUUUUUUCCAGGCACCGUAUGCGCAAUGUGUCGUGGCAAAAUCUGGCUCCGCAAUGCUUCUUGCUGCUCGCGUUGUCUUGUCAUUUGUCACAAUAAAUGUGUAGUCAAAGCGAAUCAAGGAGGAAUUGCCUGUUCUCCUCAUCAAACUGCAACUUCUGAUGCGAAUUUUGAAGAUUUGUCGCUCCCCGAACCAAAUGAAGCUGGAACUCCAUCUACAGAAAUUUUGGAGGAAUUGGUAAUGCAAUCACCAUCUUCCAAUUUACCCGAAACACCGGAUAUUUCAAAACGUGCCAGAUUCAAAAAAGUAACCGAAAAGUUUUCGAAUUGGAGAAAAGGAUCUUCGAGUUCUGCAAGAAAGGAAAAUGAUAGAUUGUCACAAUGUUCGAAUGAUUCAAAAUCUCAUCAAAAAGUUCAGGAAGAAGAUCAAGAUCGAGAUAGUCCGAUGGCUAGUAUUCAAGAUGUUCUUUCCGAUGUUCUACCUUUUCUCGAUGGUUCUCCAUUCAUUCAUGGUUUAUAUUUCCAGCCAGGAAAUGCUUAUAAUGAGCAAACAAUUCGAAAUGCCAAACAACUUGGAAGAGAAAUCUAUUCUGAACUUCCAUCAGAUAUUCGAAUUGAGAAGAUUAAUUCGCAAAUCGAUCGAAUUCAAACCGCAAUUCGUGAAACCAAAGAUGAUCGAUUGAAUGUUAUGCAAAAUGGAGGUGGUGAAACAUCAGCCAGAUUUCAAGGAUUGGAUGAAAGAUUGCAGGCUUUGGCUGUGUUGAUGUUACAUUAUUGUUCCGCGUUGCAGGUUUGUUAGAGCAAAAGUUUUGGGCUAAUUCUGAUAGGAACUACUAAAAACCCAUUCUUGACAAAAUCGGACCACGUAAUUUGCUUCAUAAAGUACAGUAACCGCGCUGCAAAAUUUCGAAAUUUUAAAUACAGUAUUGUGCAAUUACUGUAGAACUUGAAUAAUAUUCUUUAGAAAACUGGAAUUUUAGAAAAGUUUAUAGCCUGAAAUCCAUAGCUACAGUAACCGAUUUGCAAAUGUUCUUUGUAGUUCGGAGACCUAAAGUUUCAAAUUUGGCAUUGUCUCAAUUUCGAAGCUACAGUACCCCUUCUUGGCGAAAGAUCCAUGUGCAAAAAUUUUCUCAAAAAAUCUCAAAUCUGUUUCAGGAUUGUCAAUCUGGUCGAUCCACUCCAGCACCGCCAAACUUUGACGAAACAAAAAUCGAACCUGACGCCGAAAGUGUUUUAGACGAAGAUACCGUAGUCGGUGAUAUCCCAACGAGACCCGAUCAACUUAUUUCGCCCACUUAA